AUGCAUGGGGGUACUGCUGUGCUUUCUUACCUAUAUGACAAUCUUCAAGAAGCGAGCAUGCAUCAGACUAGAACGGUAUCAGGGUAUCUGACACUAUUACAGGUGUGGGUGUAUGAGCAUUUUCCAACAUUAUGUGCGAAUUGUUGUAGACUAUCUCAGAUUUAUGAUAAGGACUAUCUGAGAGGAGUUAUAUGGAAGCCAAAACGGGAUAAAGGGUGGAUACGCUGGGGUCCCAAGAUGUAUGCGCACUUGCCAUAUAGGGUAUUGCGUGAAUAUGGACAUGUCCAAACCAUCCCUGGUUCACCUUUGGAGAUAGUAGGUCAGACGACCACACCAGAGGAAAUGGACAUCAUGUUUACGCAAUACGUUGUACAUGUAGUUGACGCUGGGGCAGUUGUACAGAGGCCUGCAAACUGCGCAAAUGAGUACAUGGACUGGUUUCGUUGGAUUUCUCAUCCAUAUAUCAUUCGUAAAGAAUCAUUCUAUGUAGCACCUUCGGUUGCAGAACCUGCCAAUGAUGAUCAUGCUUCAGAAGAAACAACGCGUCAAGCAAUACAAAUUGUAGAGGAGCUUCUUGGUCGACAGCUGGUAUUACCUGAUGACAUCGCACCCGUGAAUGAAUUAAUUUUAAUAUUGCGAUCUCAGAGGGGUGGUGGUAGAGAUUGGACUCAUGUAGUGCCAUAUCAUAGGAGACAUAGACAUACUUAG